AUGUCGUCUGACGGCACCGGCCCUCCUACGAACAACAACAUCCCUGAUAAGACCAAGUCCGCCCUCGUCCACCGCACGCCCUACCCUAGAAUCGCAAAAUGGACCACCAACCUCUCGAGCGCCAGCGUCAACUCCUUCUCCGGAGCAAUGGCCGGCAUGGCCAGCGGCAUUGUCACAUGUCCACUCGAUGUGAUCAAGACCAAGCUCCAAGCACAGGGUUCCUUCUCCCACGCCGACCUCCACGGUAGCCCGCGAUCGAGUGCAAUAUACCAAGGCCUGAUAGGAACAGCACGGACAAUCAUACGGCAGGAUGGCCUCAGAGGGAUGUACCGUGGUCUGGGGCCAAUGUUGCUGGGAUAUCUGCCAACCUGGGCAGUUUAUAUGGCAGUAUACGACAGCAGUCGGGAGUACUUCUACGAUCAUGGCUAUGGUGUGAAAGAGAGGGACAAGUGGCUGGCCCGGAUAUAUGCCUCUCUCUCUGCCGGCGCAUGCAGCACGCUUGCUACCAACCCGAUUUGGGUCAUAAAAACUCGCCUGAUGUCGCAGGUAUCCAGGACUGCCUCAGACGGAGCUCGAACACCUUGGCAAUACAGCAGUACUUUGGACGCCGCUCGAAAGAUGUACCGAGCUGAGGGCAUGGCCGCGUUCUACUCUGGUCUUGCUCCUGCGCUUCUCGGCCUAACCCAUGUUGCUAUUCAGUUCCCUCUGUACGAGUACUUCAAGAUGAAAUUCACAGGUCUCGAAAUGGGUGCAACGCCCACUACCCACGGCGAAGCUGGCAAGAACACAGCCGGCAUCCUCGCAGCCACGGUCAUCUCGAAAGUCUGCGCAACAUCCGCAACAUACCCCCACGAAGUCCUCCGCACCCGGCUACAGACGCAGCAGCGCGUCCAUGUUGAGGACACUCACAAUGGUGUAGGUGCAGUCCAGCACAGCCAGAGCAUCUCCACUUCUAAGCGUAUUGGGAACACUGACGGUGUGGCGUACCAGCCGCGUUAUCGAGGCGUCCUCUCCACGUGCCGCAUCAUCUUGCGAGAAGAAGGUUGGCGGGCAUUCUACAACGGCAUGGGCACCAACAUGAUUCGUGCGAUACCGGCGGCGAUGACCACGAUGCUCACGUUCGAGAGUAUAAAGGGAGCGAUUGGGACACUUCAAGAAGAGGGUAGAGAAUUGAUCAAGGAAAACGGAUGA